AUGAUCAUUCGAGCCGAGAUCGCCGACUACGAUGUAGGUUGGGUGCUGAUCGACACCGGGAGUUCGGUGAACGUAAUUUUUACCGAUGUGUUCAGGGGAUUGGGAAUUGCCGACAGCAUUGUCAAUCGGCAAAUAACGCCCCUCCUCAGUUUUUCUGGGGAUCUGGUCCAGCCAGUCGACAGUAUCAGUAUGCCCAUCGACUUCGGCGUUGCCCCCAGGAAAACGAUGACCUACAACCAAUUCCUCAUUGUCGAUUGCCCAACGGCAUACAACGUCAUCAUAGGGCGCACGGCACUCACCAGGGUCAAAGCCCACUUAUCCCCCCACAUGUUGCUGAUGAAGUUCCCUACACGCAACGGUACUGGCAUCAUCCGGGGUGACCCACUUAGCGCACGGACGUGCUAUGCCACAACCCUUAAGUCGGUAGCUUGCAAGCCGUCAAUGGAAGCCAUGACCGUGCAGGGAUUGCCGAACGGUAGCGGGCCCAUUGAUGACCCUAGGGAGGAGACGCCAACGCCGGUGGCACAGCCUGCCGAAGAGCUCGAAACCGUGGUCCUAAACGAGGUUUUUCCAAUCGGUGGGUAA